GAGAGCUUCGCGCUGACGGUGGUGACUUACGUGGGGAUGUCAGCGUCGCUGGUCUGCCUCUUCCUCGCCAUCAUCACCUUCCUCCUGUGCCGCUCGCUCUGGAGCGUCAGCGUCACCCUCCACCUGCAGCUCAGCAUCUGCCUCUUCGCUGCCAGCCUCCUCUUCCUCGUGGCCGUGCCCCGCCCUGCCAACAAGCUGGCGUGUGCCAUCAUGGCGGGCUUCCUCCACUACCUCUUCCUCGCCUGCUUCACCGGGAUGUUCCUGGAGGGUUUGCAUCUCUUCCUCACCGUCAGGAACCUGCGUGUCCUCAACUACGCCAGCACCAGUCACUUCAGGAAAAGAUACAUCUAUCCCGUGGGUUACGGCAUGCCGGCCAUCUUGGUGGCCAUCUCCGCCACCGUCAAUCACGACGGCUACGGCACUUUUAGCUGCUGGCUGAGCAUGGAGGGAGGCUUCAUCUGGAGUUUCCUCGGUCCCGUCUGUGUCGUCAUCCUGGUUAACUUGCUAUUUUUUCUCACCACCCUCUGGACUCUACGGGACAAACUCUCCUCCCUCAACGCUGAUGUCACGGCCCUAAAAAAACACCCGCGUUCCCUCAGGCUGAUGGCGUUCAAGGCGCUGGCGCGCAUCUGUAUCCUGGGCUGCACGUGGGGUCUGGGCUUGCUGCAGGCGCGGGGGGACAAUAUAGUGGUGUCCUUCAUCUUCACCAUCGUCAACAGCCUGCAGGGAGCCUUCAUCUUCCUUGAGCGCUGCUUAAGCGGAAACGGCGGCACGGCAGCAGAGCUCGGGGCGGGGGGAAAGGAGAAGUUCAGCGACGGUGAGAAACGGGACCGGUUUUGA